AUGCGUUACUGCGUUACCUGUAAAGAAACGGUAGCAGUUACGCGCGCUGAUAACGUACGUGUAGCUUCUGCAAGCGGCGGUGGAAAGACACAGCGCACAACAAGAUGUCCAAUUAGUGCUAGUCGAGACGCUGAGAUUGCAGCACCCUAUGUCAGCGUUGAGCCACGUAGUCAUGUUUCCGCACAAAGUAAAACGGAGUUGUUAGGAGCCUUCUUUAUGGUCCUUAGAGCGUUAAGUCGGGAAGCCCAGUGA